AUGCCUCACUCAGAGCACGAAGGGCCUUUGGUCAAGCGGCAGAAACUCAAUGUCGCUUCCAAGCCUACAACCGCCACGCGGCAGUCUUCCCGCAUCUUCGCACCCUUCCGAACCGUCGGUCUUGUCUCUCCUACAAACGUUCCAUUCACCUCGAUCCCACUCGGAAAGACGACGUUUCAGAUCACGACAUCUGUCGGAAGAGCCUUACAAACCUACGAUCUGAAGCGAGGCCUUAACUUGGUCUUCGUCACUCGGCCCCAGACCCCCGCCGACAUCACCGCCACACUCGCAUGGAAGGAAAAGGUUUUUGCAGCAUGGGGCGACGCAAGGAAGGGCGAAAAACAGGGUCUCUGGGCCUUCAAGCGCGGAAAGAAGGUUGAGGAGCUCGAGAUCCCCGAGGACCUCAAUGAGCCUAUUCAGCAGAUCCUGAUCUUUGGCUCGUGGAUUGUUGGAUGCGCCGUGACGAGACUCGAGAUUUGGAAGUCGGCCACCCUCGAGCAUUACACUACUCUUCACACCAUGGCCGGAAAGAAGGGCGCUAAUGAAAUAACCGGUGGUGUCACGAACAUGCCAACCUAUCUCAACAAGAUCUUUGUCGGUCGCAGGGACGGUUGGGUUGAAAUCUGGAACGUCAGCACCGGCAAGCUCAUCUACACCAUCCUUCCGCCGACCCCCGAUUGCGGUGCUGUCACCUGCAUGCAGCCCACUACUGCACUUUCUCUCCUGGCCAUCGCAUAUGCCAAUGGUAACCUGGUGAUUCAGAACAUUUUGACAGAUAAGCCCAUCAUUCAGCUCAAUGCCGGUCAUGACGACGAGCCUGUUACCUCCAUCUCUUUCAGGUCCGACGGUAUGGGCGCAGGCCAUGACGGCCGGAAAGACGGUGUCAUGGCGACUGCUACCGCUGCGACAGGAGACGUUACAUUUUGGGACCUGAACAACGGAGGCAGGGUCAUGGGAGUUCUUCGCAGUGCGCAUAACCCUCCGUCUGGAAACGGCCCUCUCGUGCGGGGAGGUGUCAGCAAGGUUGAAUUUUUGUCGGGCCAGCCCGUCGUUGUCACCAGUGGGCGCGAUAACUCGCUGAAGACUUGGAUCUUUGACGAGACUCCUUUCUCAGCAAUCCCUCGUAUCCUGCACCAACGCAGUGGACACGCUGCUCCUGUCAAGUGCCUGCAGUUCCUGCCCUCCGACUUCGAAGGUGCUGAUGCGGGCAACAAGUGGCUGCUCAGUGGUGGCCAGGACCGCAGCCUUUGGGGCUGGAGUAUGCGACGCGACGGCCAGAGUACCGAACUCAGCCAAGGAAACAUUCGCAAGAUGGCCAAGAAGACUGGCAUUUUGUCUACCAAAGCUCUUGCACGCGGCCCCACCACAACUCUGGAAGAUCUGAAAGCCCCCGAGAUCACAUGCAUUGCCAGUUCUCUCAACCGUGACGGUGGUAUUGGCGCCAUGCCCGGCAACCACCCUAUCUGGCAGAAGCACAGAGACACCAAGAAGAAGCUGGACGCUGAAGUCAGCGGCGCGACAGGCUGGGAGAGCGUCGUGACAGCACACAAGAAUGAUGCGUAUGCCCGUACAUGGUUCUGGGGCCGUAAGAAGGCCGGUCGGUGGGCGUUCGCGACCGGUGACGGUUCCAAUGUUUCUACGAUCGCCAUCAGCCCCUGCGGCACGUUCGCCCUGGUCGGUUCUGUGGAGGGUGGUCUCGACAUGUACAACCUGCAGUCUGGCCUGCACCGCCAGCGCUUCCCCUCCAAGCUUACUCCCGCACAAGCCAGGGCGAUGAAAAUGCAGCAGCUGAAGCAGGCCGACAACGUCGUGCAGCUCCACACCGAGAAGGACAGCAACUUCGCGCCCGGCACCGGCAGACACACGAAGGCCAUCACGGGCAUCGUGGUGGACUCUAUGAACAAGAACGUCAUCACGUGCUCUCUGGACGGCAAGAUCAAGUUCUGGGACUUCCUCACAGGCAAUCUCGUCCACCAGAUCAACUGGGCGCCGAUGACUGCCAUCACAGGUUGCAGAUAUCACGCAGCCAACGACCUCAUGGCCUUUUCCUGCGACGACAACUCGAUUCGUGUCGUCGACCUGGAGACCAAGAGGACCAUCAGAGAAUUCUGGGGCUGCCAAGGCUCCAUCAAUGACUUUUGCUUCUCCAACGACGGCCGCUGGGUCAUCGCCGCCUCGCAGGACUGCGUCGUCAGAGUUUGGGACCUGCCCACAAGCCAUCUCAUCGAUGCCAUCCGUCUCGAGAAGCCCUGCACCGCGCUGGCCAUGUCGUCCACCGGCGAGUACCUCGCCGCGACGAUCGAGAACGAGCUCGGCGUGGCCAUCUGGACCAACAAGUCCCUCUUCACGCACGUCCCUACGCGGCAGGUCUCCGACAAGGAGGCCGCACUGCUCACGGGUCCUACGACAUCCGGCGAGGGCGGCGAGGGCAUGCUGGAGGCGGCCUUUAACGAGGAUGAAGCAGACGCCGAAGACGAGACCGUCGUCGCGCCGACCGUGGACCAGCUCAGCGCCGAUCUGACGACGCUCUCCCUGGUCCCCAAGAGCCGUUGGCAGACGCUCCUCCACUUGGAUCUCAUCAAGCAGCGCAACAAGCCCACCGAGGCGCCCAAGGCCCCGGAGAAGGCACCCUUCUUCCUCCCGUCUGUCGGCUCCAGCAAGCAGCCGCAGCAGUCGAACCUGCUCGAGGGCACUGCUGCGCCGGAGGCCGACGCCGCCACGGAAUCCAAGUCCCGCAUCACCAAGCUCGAACGCGGCCGCAUGCAGGAAGUGUUCACCAGCAAGCUCAACGACGGUGCCGCCUCGGGAGAUUUAGUCGACGACUUCAUCACCCACCUUAAGUCCCUUUCCCCGUCAACCGCCGACCUCGAGCUCCGCUCCCUCUCGCCCGAGGACAACGGCCUCCUGUACUUCAUCCGCGCGCUGACAAGCCGCCUCGUGGCCCGCCGCGACUACGAGCUCGUCCAGGCCUGGAUGACGGUGUUCCUCCGCCUGCACUUCGAUCUUGUCAUGGCCGACGCGCAGCUGCUUGAAGCGCUCGGCGAGUGGAAGGCCCUGCAAGAGCGCGAAGCUGGGCGGCUCGACGACCUGGUGGGCUACUGCAGCGGUGUCGUCGGCUUCCUGCGCAGUCCCCGGACGUAA